AUGUCCGUUGCGACGAUGCUACAACCUGCAUCGAGAAUCUCCCGAGCCUCUUCAUCCUCUUCUUCCUCGUUUCAGCCCGUCGCACGACAGAACACAAUGUCGUCGCACGAUACUCGGUCGCUCCGCCAAUCCAAGCGGAUGUCGGUCACCGCGUUGUACCUGUCCAUGUCCGCGAAGGAUAGGGAUUUGGAAAUAUCCGAUGAUUUGGCGCGAGCCCAAAAGCAUCUCCGAGAACUCAAGUCCAAGAUCUCAUCCCAAUCCAAGAAGAACUUCGUCCUGGAGAAAGAUGUCCGCUACUUGGACUCGCGAAUCGCAUUGUUGAUUCAGAACCGUAUGGCGUUGGAAGAGCAAAACGAAGUUGCCAGUCAUCUCGACGACACCGCCGACCCGCAAGAGGGUUUCUUUCCCAAUGACGAGCGAACUCAGAAAUACGGCAACCUCCUGUUCCUGCUUCAAUCCGAACCCCGUCACAUUGCCCACUUGUGUCGACUAGUCUCCAUGGCGGAGAUCGAUUCUCUAUUGCAGACUGUCAUGUUCACCAUUUACGGUAACCAGUACGAGAGUCGCGAAGAGCACCUCUUGCUUACCAUGUUCCAAUCCGUCCUUACCUACCAAUUCGACAACACCCCUGAAUACUCCUCCCUUCUGCGCCAGAAUACCCCGGUAUCUCGUAUGAUGACUACCUACACACGUCGCGGUCCCGGUCAAAGCUACCUGAAACAAGUCCUUGCCGACCGUAUCAACUCAUUGAUUGAACUGCGUGAUGUGGAUUUGGAAAUCAACCCUCUCAAGGUUUACGAGAGCAUGGUGAAGCAGAUUGAAGAGGAGACAGGCACUCUCCCCGAUUAUCUUGCUCGGUCUGUCACGGCUGAGGAUGCCGCUGAUAACCAGCAGGUGCAAGCAAUCAUCGCUCCGCGUCUGAAGAUGUUGACCGAUAUUGCAAACGGAUUCCUCAACACCAUUAUCGACGCGGUGGAUGAGACUCCGUACGGUAUCCGAUGGAUUUGCAAGCAGAUUCGAAGCUUGUCUCGUCGCAAGUACCCUGAUGCCCAAGAUCAGACAAUCUGUACUUUGAUCGGUGGUUUCUUCUUCCUGCGCUUCAUCAACCCCGCCGUUGUCACCCCUCGUUCCUACAUGCUCAUUGAUGCUACCCCGACCGACAAGCCUCGCCGUACCCUCACUUUGAUCGCCAAGAUGAUACAGAACUUGGCCAACAAGCCCUCCUACGCCAAGGAGCCUUACAUGGCUAGUCUUCAGCCCUUCAUUGAGGCGAACAAAGAACGCGUGAACAAGUUCCUCCUUGACUUGUGUGAAGUCCAAGAUUUCUACGAAAGUCUCGAAAUGGACAACUACGUAGCUCUAUCCAAGCGUGAUUUGGAACUCCAGAUUACCUUGAAUGAAAUGUACGCCACCCACGCUCUUCUUGAGAAGCACAACGUGGCACUUGGCCAGGAUCACAACUCCCAUCUCGCUUUACUACUGCAAGAAUUGGGUACUGCACCUCCACAAGUUCCUCGCAAAGAGAACCGUACUAUCACGGUUCCUCUGUUUAGCCGAUGGGAGACUGCCUUGGACGACCUGACAGCCGCGCUGGACAUCACUCAAGAGGAAGUGUUCUUCAUGGAGGCCAAAUCCACCUUUGUGCAGAUUCUUCGAUCUCUACCUCCAAACUCUUCGGUCGCCCGUCGGCCUUUGCGGCUGGACCGCAUCGCCGAAGCCGCUGCUACCCUCAAGAAUGAUGCUGUAAUGGUACGGAAGGGUAUUCGCACUAUGGAGCUGCUGAGCCAGCUGCAGGACAUGGGCGUGAUCGACCGUUCGGAUGAGUUCAGUCUUCUCCGUGAUGAGGUCGAGCAGGAGUUGGUGCACCUUGGGUCAUUGAAAGAAAAGGUACUGGAGGAGACCCGCAAAUUGGAAGAGGUUUUCGCUACUAUCCGUGACCAUAAUGCCUAUUUGGUCGGUCAGCUGGAGACAUACAAGUCCUAUCUUCACAACGUGCGCAGCCAAUCCGAGGGCAAGCAGCGCAAGAAGGAGAAGCACCAGGAACUUGGCCCUUACAAAUUUACCCACCAGCAACUGGAAAAGGAAGGUGUUAUUCGACGCAGCAAUGUGCCGGAAAACCGCCGAGCGAACAUCUACUUCAUGUUCAAGAGUCCCCUCCCCGGUACAUUUGUUAUCAGUCUCCACUACAAAGGCCGAGCUCGUGGACUCCUAGAGCUUGACCUGAAAUUGGAUGACCUUUUGGAGAUGCAGAAGGACAACCUGGAGGAUCUUGACCUGGAGUAUGUCCAGUUCAAUGUCACCAAAGUUCUUGCUUUGUUGAACAAGCGAUUCGCACGCAAGAAGGGGUGGUAA